CGCUUAGUGAGGAUAGCGCCCGCCAAUCAAUGAAGCCCGGGCUCGCUUUCUCAGGGGACUCCCGUGUGCACCGAUCAACCCCAUAUUAUUUUGACUGGACGUAGAGAGGACACAUUGGUCUUGAUCAGUGCAGCAAUUCUCUUGAUCUGCCCAGAGCAGAACAUCUAUAGAACUGCUGCUUGCGAAGAUGGCUCGAUCUUCGCGGCGGGCGUCCGUGUGGACAAUUUCCUGUCUGUCGUUCUUGUUUUUGAUACUGUUCGUUUCUCCCGCAGUCACGGUCAAACACCAUGAUUUCAAACGUUGCGAGCAGUCUGGCUUCUGCAAGCGGAACCGAGCACUUGCAGAUUCUAUGACAGAGCAAGGCAGUCCUGACUCAUCUCCCUACCAGCUGGAUGCGGCAUCGAUCAAGUUCAAGGACGGCCGAUUAGAGGGAUCCAUAAUCAAGACUGUCCAAGAGACUGGGCCAAUCAAGCUGCCAUUGACGAUUGUGUUCCUCGACCGUGGUAAUGUCCGGGUAACGAUUGACGAGGAAAAGAGGAGGAAGGGUGAAAUCGAGCUUCGCCAUGGCAGCAUUGCUCGUAAGGAGAGAUACAAUGAAGCGGGAGCAUGGGCCUUGACCGGAGCUGGACUCCAGGCUCAGAAGACUGCCUCCAUUAAAAAGGUUUCGAAAGAUCUGACCGAGGUGUCAUGGGGACGCAAUCACGAGUUCAAGGCACUCAUGCACCAUGCCCCUUUUGGGGUGGAAUUCUGGUCUGGUGAAGACAAGCAGGUCGUUUUCAACAGCCGCGGACUCAUGAAUAUGGAGCAUUGGCGACCCAAAGUCGAGAGACCGGCUGCCGAUACGAACGACUCCCAAGAACAAACUGUUAACCCUCCUGAAGACGAGAGCACUUGGUGGGAAGAGACUUUCGGCGGCAACACAGACUCAAAACCUAAGGGUCCCGAGAGUGUUGCUUUGGACAUUGCUUUUCCUGGUUAUGGCCAUGUGUAUGGCCUUGCAGAGCAUGCUGGACCACUGUCUCUGAAACAAACACGUGGCGGAGAUGGCAAUUACGAUCAGCCCUAUCGAAUGUACAACAGCGACAUUUUCGAGUACGAGCUUGACAGUCCGAUGACUCUCUAUGGAUCCAUCCCCUUCAUGCAAGCACACAAGAAGGACUCUACAGUGGGAGUCUUCUGGCUCAAUGCUGCCGAAACUUGGGUAGACAUCGUCAAGUCGACGCAUGGUGCCAACCCCUACACCCUUGGUCUUAGUGGAGGCACUGUCGACACCCAUACCCACUGGAUGUCAGAGAGUGGCCUGCUCGACGUUUUCGUCAUGCUGGGACAAUCUCCCGAAGGGCUGGCAAAGUCUUAUGGUGAGUUGACUGGCUACACUCAACUGCCAGCAGCCUUCUCAAUUGGCUAUCACCAGUGCAGGUGGAACUAUGUCAGCGACGAGGACGUGAAAGACGUCGAUCGGAAGUUCGAUAAGUUCAACAUUCCGUACGAUGUUAUCUGGCUCGACAUCGAGUAUACCGACGACAAGCAAUACUUCACCUGGGAUCCCCUUAACUUUCCCGACCCGAUAUCGAUGGAAAAGCAAUUGGAUGAGAGCGAGCGGAAGCUUGUGGCCAUCAUUGAUCCUCACAUCAAGAACAAGGGAGGAUAUUUCGUCGUCGAUGAGAUGAAGAGCAAGGACUUGGCUGUCAAGAACAAGGAGAACAAUAUUUUCGAGGGUUGGUGCUGGCCUGGAAGCUCAUACUGGCUCGACGCAUUCAAUCCUGCUGCAAGAGCCUGGUGGAAGAGCUUGUUCACUUAUGACAGGUUCAAAGGGACAAUGCACAACGUCUGGCUCUGGAACGAUAUGAACGAACCGUCCGUGUUCAAUGGCCCUGAGAUUACAAUGCCUCGAGACAACCUUCAUCACGGCAAAUGGGAACAUCGUGAUGUUCACAACAUCAAUGGCAUGACCUUUCACAAUGCCACGUAUCACGCAUUGCUGGAGCGUAAAAAGGGUGAAGUCCGCCGCCCAUUCGUGCUUACGCGAUCGUUCUACGCUGGCUCGCAGAGGACCGCUGCCAUGUGGACAGGUGACAACCAGGCUAACUGGGAACACCUGGUUGCUUCGAUUCCCAUGAUCUUGAACCAAGGCGUCAGUGGCUUUCCCUUUGCGGGAGCAGACGUGGGUGGAUUCUUCGGCAAUCCAAGCAAAGAGCUCCAGACUCGAUGGUACCAAGCGGGUAUAUUUUACCCCUUCUUCCGUGGGCAUGCGCAUAUCGACACACGCAGGCGCGAGCCAUACAUGUUAGGAGAGCCGUACACUAGCAUCAUGACCAAAGCUCUGCGAUUGCGCUACAUGUUACUGCCUGCGUGGUAUACCGCUUUCCAUGAAGCUUCGACAGACGGUUACCCGAUCAUCCGAUCCCAGUACUAUGUACAUCCUGAGGACGAGAAAGGUUUUGAGCUCGAUGAUCAGUUUUAUUUGGGAUCAACCGGGCUGUUGGCAAAACCUGUGACCGUCGAAGGUGCAGAAAGCGUUGAUAUCUAUCUUUCUGACAACGAAAACUACUAUGAUUAUUUCGACUACACGAUAUACAACGGAGGCUCAAAGACCUACAAAGUCGUUGCGCCCCUUGACAAAAUCCCUCUCUUGAUGCAAGGAGGACAUAUUUUCCCCCGAAAGGACCGACCGAGGAAGAGCUCCGGAUUGAUGAAAUGGGAUCCAUACACCCUCAUUGUGGUACUCAACCAAAAUGGGGAGGCAGAGGGAACGCUGUACGCCGAUGACGGCGAAACCUUCGACUAUGAACAAGGCGCUUUCAUUCACCGCAGGUUUGGCCUAGAGAAUGGAGAGUUGAAGAGCACCAACUUGGCCGCCAAAGGCGCAAAGACUGCAAGCUAUCUCAAGACGAUGAAAGAUGUCAAAGUCGAGAAGAUCAUAGUGGUGGGUGCACCGACGGAGUGGUCUAGACUGGACGAGGUGUCCGUCACAGCCGAAGGACCCAGAGGUACAACUCCAGCAGAGUUGAUCUACCAUGGUGCGGCAGGAGGAAAAGCUGCUUGGGCUGUCAUCAGAGGACCUGGUACAAGCAUUGGUGAGGAUUGGACUAUCUCGUUCUCGCCGGGACAAAACCACAAAACGGAAUUGUAGCAUUGGGAACUGUACAACAAAAGGGAAUCACCAUGUAGAGAAAAUCAAUGAGAGUGACGAGUCUAUGAUUGCAGAGCCCAUCGAUUCCAAGACUUUGACUUACAGCAGGUAGGUAUAAAACAC